AAUAGGUUGGAUGAAAACAGACAAGGGGAAAGAGGGGCGAGGAAGAAGAAGAAAAAACCCAGAAAAAAAAAAAAAAAAAAUCCAGCCUUUCUCCGGCUGUGGCCAUUUUCUUCAAUCAUAAUUUCAUUUGUGGACUCUGAAGCCUGAGAGAAAGAGGGGGGGAGAGCAGCACACGUCCCCUUCCACCCCCACCUCCUGUUUUGCCUGAGCCAUAGGCAAAGGCUUCACACACACACACGGACGAAAGAGGAGCACACAGAGGGCUAGGCCGCAAGUCAUUAGUUCCUGGUGGGCAAGCACUGACAAAAGGCUGUGAGAGAGAAGUCCGCAUGAGUGCCUGGAGAGCGACCACAGGAACUAUGGAGGGCUGAGCACAAGGACGUUCUGCUGCUUUUUUAUUUUGUUUUGGGGAAAGAAGCAGCACGGAGGACAUUGUCACAACCGAGCAGCCGUGCUACAACAAGCAGGGAAGAGACAGAUCACUUCCUUGUGUUGAGGAUCUAUACUCGUGUAUUUAGGAGGUGAGCGCAGUCUGCUGCAGCUGAACCACGGCCACAUGUGAGUGAUGUUGUUGUGAGGACAUCAACUUGUUUUUGCUUGAUGAGGAAUGACUUCAUUGUGGGUCACAAUGCUGCUGCCGCUGAGGGGAUUACAGCAGAAUAGGAGAGCUGUGUCUGCGCUCUCAGGCUCGCUGAAUGGGAGGAAGAUCUAGGGCAAGAAAAAGGAUUUAAUUUGAAGGAAGGAAAGCCACAUAUACGUCCAGGUUCCUUGGAUGAGACCGUUUGACCAGGCAGCGAUCGAGCAGGCUACUUUUGAGCCAUCUCAGGAAUCGGUGUAAAGAAAAGGACCAAAACAACACAGCUGGAGGAAAGAAGACAAGAAUAGGGGGAAUGUAAAUCCUCAGGCAUGCAAAACUAAAAGUUGCCACACUGACUGUUUCCAGGUCAUAGUGGAGUGGGAGGAGACCGAACCGCUCUUUUUUCUGACACCCUCCCUCUCAAUGCUGUAGCCUAUUUUGUCUCUAAUUGACAUCUGCUUGUUAAGCCUGAGGACUCUUUAUCUUCUGUCAAUAUAAGCUCUAAUUACCUUGAUUAACGAAGGUGAGCACAAACAAGCAGGCAACACUGAUCCAUUUCAGGUGAGGGGAGACACACUCUGGACUUUCUUAUAUUUAUGUUACCUUGACAGCAGCCAGACAUCUUGGCGGUCUGUCCCAUUUUCUUCCUCCGUGGUUCGGUAACCAAGCGAUGGCCAUGGUGAGUGGGGGCUGGGGAGAUCCCAACGGGGGCACGAACGGGCUGGGGGAAAAGAGUUACCUGAGGGGGGAGGACGAAGACGGCUCUCCGCAGGCGGGAGGAAGCGACAUGGAGGCCGGGGACGAUGACAAGUCGUGCGUGGUGGACUGCGUGGUGUGCGGGGACAAGUCCAGCGGGAAACACUACGGCGUGUUCACGUGCGAGGGAUGCAAGAGCUUCUUCAAGAGGAGCGUGCGGAGGAAUCUCAACUACACAUGCAGGUCAAACAGAGAGUGUCAGAUUGACCAGCACCACAGGAACCAGUGCCAGUACUGUCGACUGAAGAAAUGUUUCCGUGUUGGCAUGCGCAAAGAAGCAGUUCAACGCGGUCGGAUCCCACCGCAGCCGAGCCUCAGCCCCUCCAUCACCCCCUUAGGUGGAGCCAGCGGCCUUGGAGGUGGCGACUUCUACAACAACAACAACAACAACGGAGGGAGUGGCGGAGGUCAGCCGGUGUCGGAGCUCAUUUCCCAGCUGCUGCGAGCUGAGCCGUACCCGAGCAGUAGGUUUGGUCACCAGUACAACCAGCAGGCCGGUCCGGAUAACGCCAUGGGGAUCGAUAACAUCUGUGAACUGGCUGCAAGGCUACUCUUCAGCACUGUGGAAUGGGCCAGGAGCAUCCCUUAUUUUCCCGAGCUGCCUGUGUCAGAUCAGGUAGCUCUGCUGAGGCUGAGCUGGAGCGAGCUGUUCAUCCUCAACGCGGCCCAGUCGGCCCUGCCACUACACAUGGCCCCCUUGUUGGCCGCAGCCGGCUUCCACUCCUCGCCCAUGUCCGCGGAGCGCGUCGUGUCCUUCAUGGACCAGGUGAGGGUGUUCCAGGACCAGGUGGACAAGCUGACCCGGCUGCAGGUGGACUCGGCUGAGUACAGUUGCCUCAAGGCCAUCGCGCUGUUUUCACCAGACGCCUGUGGUCUAACAGACCCGGUCCACGUGGAGUCUCUGCAGGAGAAGGCUCAGGUAGCUCUGACGGAGUACGAGAGGAUGCAGUACCCGAGUCAGCCUCAGCGCUUCGGACGCCUGCUCCUGCGCCUCCCUGCCUUGCGCGCCGUUCCAGCCAGCCUCAUCUCGCAGCUCUUUUUCAUGCGCCUGGUAGGAAAGACCCCCAUCGAGACGCUGAUUCGUGACAUGCAGCUCUCCGGAAGCUCCAUCAGCUGGCCGUAUGUCCCAGGACAGUAGCCCGCUUACGGAUGAGGUCUCCGUCUGGGAUUAGUGACGACAAAGACCCACAGGAAACCUCCUGACUCAUCACUAUCCAUCUGUGUGGUUAUCAAACUGCAGUGCCAGCUGGCCGUCAUAUGACCUGUACUGUAACCACUCUAUUCACUCUCAUGAAAUGAUCCCUCUGUCUCCACACGGCCUCCAGUAAAGAGAGGAGCCAGUGCCAGCCAGGAUCUGUCUUGUUGCCAGCCCAGUCGCUCUGGUGCCAGGUCUCAGGGCAGCGAACAGCUUUUCAUGCUGGGCUCCGAUAUGGCCACCACGGCCAGUCAUGCCACCACCCACAUGCAACAGUGACUAAAGACACUCCAGUUUCAUGUAGAGGGCAGCAGGACCCCCCCCCCCCCCCCCCACACACACACACACACACAAAAUCUAGAGGACAAAACGGUCCCGCCGCUGAACGUCAGCAGAACAAUUUUCCCCACACUGGGCUCAUUUUCCACAGCUCACCCUUUGUGAUACAUUGACCUUUUUAUCCACAAUGAUAACAUUACAAUUACAUGAUUAGAGUGGAUCUAAUUGAACUGUGGUGAACUGAAUAUGGGACAAAGUAAGAGCUUGUUUUUGAAGCAAAGCUCUUCUAGCUCAACACUGAGGAGGGAAUGGAUCAUAUGGAACCAGAAAGAAAACAAAACCAAGGAAAAAUCACCAAAGUCUAUAAUUUCAUCCUCAGAGAUGGCUUCUGAUUAGAAUAAUUGGUCCACAAAGCAGAGAGAUAAACGGACUCUUGUGACUGCCUGACCAUCAACAGAACAAUGCAUUUAAACUCAUUCACAGGGAUCACUGUUUCUGUCAUAAAGCCGCAGUUACAGGAGAGCGGACUUAUACCUCACUAGACAUCAGAAUGCUUCAGUCUGAUAUUUCCUAAACA